AGUAGACAAAAAUAUUGCUCAUGUGAAACUGUGAAAGACAUUUUCAUACUUGAGAUUUUAUUUUUUUUGGACUUUAAAGUUGACCAUCUAUUUUAUAUUUCAAAUAGAAAUUCGUUCUUCUACAUAUUAUAGUGAUAAUUGUCAGCUCUAGUGACCUUUAUCGUUAUGCUAUCAUUUUAGACUAGAAAAAAUGUCAAAUAUAGAAGUUAAACAUCUGCUAAGACGUAAAAGGUUUAAUGAGAAUGAAUGGAAUUUCAUAUGUUUAUUAUUCUACCUACCACUUGGACUGAUCCUUUACUUGUUGAGAAGUGUAUUAACGAUAUUAGUUUUGCUAUUAGGAUGUAUAUUACCUGAUGCUCCUUUUUCAAGGAACAUAAUUAACAGAAUAACUUGUCUGAGCUUUGGGAUAACUGUAACAGUUGAAAAUAUUGAGAAGCGAGAAAAUGUAGAUGUUUACAUUAGCAAUAGUCUCUCCUUAUUUGAUGGUUUAGCUGUUCAUCAGGCAACAAAGUCAAUAAGUGAUGGGCCUAAAUUGAUACCUCUGAUUUCUAAAAGCCUUGGAAUAUUUGAGUUUGGAAGUCCUUCUAAUACUGAAACUUUUAAGCAGAAUGUGUUGCUACUUCAGUCACAUGAGAAGUCCCCUCUGCUAUUUUCACCUGAGGGAAGGGUUACAAAUGGCAAAGCUUUAAUAUCUUUUGAAUCAUAUCCAUUCUCUUUUGCAAAUAAAGUACAACCAGUAUGCAUCACAAUCGAAAGACCUUUCUUAGAUAUUUCACUUAGUUCUUUAGGAUCAUCGACUCUUAUCGACACUUUUUUCUAUAUGUUUUCUCCUUCUACAAACUACAAAUUGAAAUUUUUAGAUGUCUUAGAAAAAAAAAAUCUUUCAAAUGAAGAAUUUGCAGAAAUAGUUAGACAAAAUAUUGCAGCAGGAUUGAAAGUUGAAGCUGUUAAUUACACAGCUAAGGAUCUCAUAGAAUUAGAGAAACGUUUAUUAGCAGAACAAAAGAGAAUUCAAUCUGAACAAACACUGACAAAUCCUGCCAACAUCCCUGUGGUCAGACGGAUGGCAAGGCAAGUUAAGGAAGUUUUACCACAUGUUCCUUAUGAAGCAAUAUAUUCAGAUUUAUAUCGAACAAGAAGUGUUGACAAUACUAUAACUAACAUCCUAGAGGGUCGAGUACAAUUUAGACCAGAAAUGCAAAGUUCUCAAGAGCGAAGAAGUCAAUUACCUUCAACAUCAACAUUUUCUUCAUCAAACAGUAAUACAAUGUCCACUCCUUUUCCCUCUUCUUCUUCUAGUUCUUUAAAUACAGCAGCCAGCAGUUUUUCUAAAUCAGCUCAUGAACGUACUAAAUCAUUUCACGAAAGAAAACAACAACUUAUUGCUAAUGCUCGUAGAAGAUAUAUUGAAAAACACAAUUUAGACAUCCCUUUGUAAUUCAUCAUUUCUAGAGUUAGUGUCAAAAUCAAAAGGCUCUUGCUUCACACACAGAGUACGAUAUUGAGUGGUCUAUUUUUAAGAAUAAAAUUAGAAUAAAAAUGAUUUUGAAUAUUCUAGCAUAUUUAUUUAUAUUAUUGAAAUGAUAAAUAAAAUUAUAUUUGUUUUU